AUGCUUAGAUUGAUUUCACGUCAUAUCUUUUUAAGUUCCAAUCUCUCCUUUCUAUCUUUUGCUAGAAAUUCAGUAGUAGUCACCUGGAAAAGAGCCCAUCUAAACGGCAUAUCGAGAUCGUAUCAUCCACGGAGCCAGCAAAUUAUAGGCAGUAUGAGUACAGGCAGUAUCACAGAAGAAUUGCAGAGAUUGUCUAUAGCGGAGCCAGAAACUAUCAGUGGCUCUCAUCCCGAUGUCAAUUUUGUUGACCUUAUGAGAAAUUAUAUUGCUCAAGAGUUAUCAAAAAUAUCUGGAGUUGAAGCAUCGAUAAUCUUUUCAGGUUUGGAAUGGACUAAUACCCUAGAAAGGGGUGAUUUACUGAUUCCUGUUCCUAAAUUGAGAAUCAAGGGUUCUGAUCCAAAAGUUUUGGCAGCAGAAUGGGCUCAGAAAUUUCCAUGUGGCGAGUUCCUAGAUAAAGUCGAGAAUAAUGGUCCAUUUGUUCAAUUCUUCUUCAAACCGGAGAUCAUGUUCAACCUUAUCAUUCCAAGCGUUCUCAAUAAAAAGGAGGAUUAUGGUUCUUGUAAGCUGGUAGAAAAUAAGAAAGUAAUUAUAGAAUUUUCGUCACCAAAUAUUGCGAAGCCAUUCCAUGCAGGUCAUUUGAGAUCAACAAUUAUUGGUGGGUUUCUAUCCAAUCUAUAUGAAAAGUGUGGUUGGGAAGUUGUUAGAAUGAAUUACCUAGGUGACUGGGGUAAGCAAUUUGGUGUUCUUGCUGUUGGAUACGACAGAUACGGUGAUGACGAAAAGCUAGCUAAAGAUCCAAUCCAUCAUUUAUUCGAAGUUUAUGUUCGGGUCAACAAAGACAUUACUGAUGAAGGUGAUUCUUUACCUGACGCUGAAUCCACUAAUGGUAAAGCUCGUGAGUAUUUUAGAAAAAUGGAAGACGGUGACCCAGAGGCAUUGAAAAUAUGGAGAAAGUUCCGUGAUUUAUCCAUAACCAAAUACAUCGAUACAUAUGCUCGUUUGAAUAUUGCCUAUGAUGAUUAUUCAGGUGAAUCACAAGUUUCAAAAAAGUCUAUGGACAAAGCAUUAGAUCUCUUCGAAGAAAAGAAACUGACCCAUGUCGAUAAGGGUGCAUUGCUUAUUGACCUUACAAAGUUCAACAAAAAAUUAGGUAAAACUAUUGUCAAAAAAUCCGAUGGAACUAGUUUAUAUUUGAUAAGAGAUGUGGGUGCGGCAAUGGAUCGUAAGGAAAAGUAUCACUUUGACAAAAUGAUUUACGUCAUCGCAUGCCAACAAGAUUUACACACAGGUCAAUUUUUUGAAAUAUUGAAACAAAUAGGGUUUGAAUGGGCUCAAGAUUUAGUACAUGUAAAUUUUGGGAUGGUCCAAGGUAUGUCAACCAGAAAAGGUACUGUUGUUUUCUUAGAUAACAUUCUGGAAGAAACUAAGGAAAAAAUGCACGAGGUUAUGAGAAAGAAUGAGGUUAAGUAUGCACAAAUUCCAGAUCCUGACAAAGUAGCCGACCUUGUCGGUAUUUCGGCCGUUAUGAUCCAAGAUAUGCAAUCUAAACGUAUUAACAACUACGAAUUCAAGUGGGAAAGAAUGCUUUCUUUUGAAGGUGAUACUGGUCCAUAUUUGCAGUAUGCUCAUUCCAGGUUGAGAUCUGUGGAAAGAAAUGCUGCUUCUAUAACCCCUGAAAAAAUAAUCCAUGCCGAUUUCUCUCUGCUUGUCGAGCCUGCUGCUGUGCUAUUAGUCAGACUAUUAGGUCAAUAUCCAGAUGUCUUGAGAAAUGCUUUAAAGACUCACGAGCCCGCUACAAUUGUGACUUACCUUUUCAAACUCACUCACCAAGUUUCGUCUUGUUACGAUGUCCUAUGGGUCGCAGGACAAACUAUGGAAUUGGCCACCGCUCGUCUGGCGCUAUAUUCAGCUGCCAGACAAGUUUUAUACAACGGUAUGCGCCUGCUGGGCCUAACCCCUGUUGACAGAAUGUAA